UGUUCAUGGACAGACGCACACAGCAGGAUAUGUGUGCAGAGCUGGAAGAGGAGAUCCAGUGUUCUACUCUUCGUAGAGUGAACCUCAGUUCAUCUGGUCUGGAGAUUUCCAUCCAGCAGCGUCUCUCACAGUGAGACCUCCCAGAAUGCAGUUCUUCAGCAAAGAGUCACUGUCACUGAGCUGUGAGGGAAACUCUACUGAGUGGAGAGUGAGAAGGUUUAUUAAAUACCUGACAUAUUGUUCUUCUUGGGGAACCAUGACUGGAUCUACAUGCAGCAUCAACUCUAUUGGGAUUAGUGGAGUGUACUGGUGUGAGUCUGAAACAGGACAGUUCAGCAAUGCAGCCAACAUCACUGUACAGAGCGGUGAUGUUAUCCUGGUGAGCUCUGUCCGUCCUGUGACUGAGGGACAUUCUGUCACUCUCAGCUGCAGGUUGAGGACAGAAAAGGUUCUUUAUAACGUGGAUUUCUAUAAAAAUGGCAAACUCAUCUCAAAUGAUGCCAGCGGGGAGCUGUUUAUCUCUGAAGUUACAAAGUCAGAUGAAGGUUUUUAUAAAUGUGAAGGAAGAGAUUCACCACAAGGUUUCAGGAGUUUGACGUCACCAGAGAGUUGGUUGUCAGUUAAAUCUGCAACAACAAGCUCUCCAGUUCCCGUGCUGUUGGUUGUUGGUCUGGUUUGUGGAGUUUCACUGAUUAUUCUGCUGCUGCUGGUUCUGUAUUGCUACAGAAAGUCAAAAGAUUCACGCCUCGUGAGGUCUCAGAGCACCAAUCAGAGCCCAGCUACAGACCACGUGACCAACCAGGUUGAAACUCAAAAUAAUGCAUAUGCCUCUCUUCUCCAUGGGAAGAAUAAUGAAGCAGAAGAGAGCGCCGUUUACUCGGACGUGAAGAUGUCUUCAGCUGCAGACGACAAUGUGAUGUAUGCCCAGGUUUACCCUCACAAUAAAGACAAGAGAGAUGAACGGAGAUCAAGAUCUGCAGAAGCGGAUGAAACUGUUUAUUCUGAAAUCAAACCAGGAACAUCUCGUGGUAAUAAUGCAGUGAUAAUUAAACAAUUUGUUUUACAUAUAGUCAAUAGUCCAGUAGAGUAACAUUUCUUGAAGCACCUUUAAGCACAUUUUAAAUAACGUUACUCUCUAUAUUCUUUUGUUCUCUUCCAGAUCAAUAAAGACAUGAAAAACAAAAUCUGUUUAAUCAAUAUUUGCAGCUUUUUAAAAAAUGUAAUCCUUGCGGGCAGCUUUGCUAUCUGACGAGUCUUUUGUACAGUUAAUCUAUUAGAAGAUGAUUUAAAAGAAAUCAUCACAUGUUUUUAAUCUUCUGUAUUUUUAAAAUGUUGGUUCUUUUAAAUGUGUCAAUAAACUUUUGUUUCCAAUA